CGGGGACGAAAGUGGGUCGCGGCGGGCGGGGAGCUGCGUCUGUCCCUUUUCCAGCCGCAGCAGCGAGGAGCGGGCGGUGCGGAUGCUCGUGAUGGGAGAGCAUCAGCGAGGGCUGCGCUCUUACCGACCCCGAAGGGUUUAGGCUCUUCUGUCCGUUUUGUUUUCUGCGCUUUCUGCACAGCGCCCGCUGUGACCGAUGGGUACCGAGGGCGAAGGAGCUGCGGCGCCUUUGACAGGACUCGGGGGGAGCAGGGAGCCGGGGCUUUCCUGGGAGUGACCCUGCUUGAGACUUCCCCUUCAAGGACCUGAUUGUCUUCUUUCACUAGCUGCGAGUUUCAGCCCUAACUGAAAGCGGACGGGAAGAUCAGACUUCGAAGGCUUUUGCUGCUUAGUGCUGUCAGCUCACUCCCGCAUUCCUUCCUCGAGCUGAUCUCCCGAUAUCCUAGAGAGCUUUAUGAGAUGUUGAUUUGCCCCUGGAGAUCGUGGGGUACGAGUACCCAGAGUGAGAAAAAUCCCCUUUUUUGGUGUCCCAAGAGUUCUUUCUGCAAACAACUUGGAAAGUCUGCCCAAAGAAAAAUCACCCUGCUGUGUUUACAGCUUCUUCCUAUAAGCAGGUUCUGCAAUCUCGACCUGAAAUCUGCUGUGUCAGCACAGGCUGGGAAAAAUCAGUGUGAAUCUUUUUGCAAAAGUUCUACUGGUUUCAUCAUCAUCGCCCUCUCCUCUCCUUCCCUGAGCCCCCUGCUCCCCACGAGAGGUUAUGGCACACGGGUGAGGCUGUGUUUCUCCCAGUGUCCCAGGCAUGUGUAUUUAAGACUGAUGUAGGUUUUGGGACAAUUUUUCUGCCUGGGGCAGUGCUAGAGACCUUCAGCAAACCCAUUUUGUUUCUGGUCACCUCCCUUGGUAGGCGCGUGGACAACUGCUUCCCCCCUGGACCCUGCUGUGGAUGGGAUUCAAUGUUGCUCCUGGCUCCAGAUCAACCCACACCACUGGUCUGGGACACCUGGGACAGGACAGGGCAGGAGCACCUGUGCAGGGCAUCCCUGACAUCCCUGGGGACUUGGGGACAUGAGUUGGGGUUGGGGGGAGGGGGUACCGCAGGAUGCCAUUUACUGGAACAUGAUAUGUGAAAGAAAGGGCCUUUACACCUGUUUUCCUUCUGGCAGGGUGAUAAAUGCAGGGAAGAGCCAGCACAAUGAGGACCAGGCAUGCUGUGAGGUGGUGUUUGUGGAGCAGAGGCCCAGCCCAAGGGGCCGGCUGCCAUCCAGGGAAGGCAGCGGGGAGCUGGAUGGGGGCAAGAAAGGUUUUUAUUUCCACUACUGGGCCUUGUUCGAUGGUCAUGCGGGCAGCGGUGCUGCUGUCAUGGCAUCCCAGAGGCUCCACCUGCACAUCUGUGAGCAGCUCCGGGACCUCGUGGAGAUCCUGCAGGACCCCUCCCCACCUCCCAUCUGCCUCCCGCACGGCGCAAAGACCGGUCCUGCAGAUCCAAACCACAUGUCCUAUACGGAGGACUGUGGGGAGGUCCCAAACGAUGCUGCGCCACGGUUUCACCUGGAGAAAGCAGUGUCCCACGAGAGCCUGGUGAUCGGUGCCAUUGAGAAUGCCUUUAAGCACAUGGACGACCAGAUCGAGCGGGAGCGAGCAUCCCAGCACCUGGCCGGGGGGUGCUGCGCCCUCGCUGCCAUCUACCUCAUGGGCAAGUUCUACGUGGCCAACGCUGGUGACAGCAGGGCCAUUAUCAUCCGUAAUGGGGAAAUCAUUCCAAUGUCCAGGGAGUUUACUCCAGAGACAGAAAGGCAGAGGCUGCAGUUUUUAGCAUUGCUAAGGCCCGAGCUGCUGGGGAAGGAGUUCACCCACCUGGAGUUCCCCCGCAGGAUCCAGCCCAAGGAGCUGGGGAAGAAGAUGCUCUACAGGGACCAGAACAUGAAUGGCUGGGCUUACAAAAAGAUAGAAGAAGAUGACCUGAAGUUCCCACUUAUCUUUGGGGAAGGCAAAAAGGCUCGGAUGAUGGCCACAAUUGGGGUCACAAGAGGCCUGGGAGAUCACGACCUCAAGGUGUUCAGCUCCAACAUCCACAUCAAGCCUUUCCUGUCCUGCUUCCCAGAGGUCAGGGUUUAUGACCUCACGCAGUAUGAGCACUGCCCUGAUGAUGUUCUGGUGCUGGGCACUGAUGGGCUCUGGGAUGUCACCAAUGACAAGGAGGUGGCUGGUGUGGUGAUGGAGGUGCUGACGAGCUACGAGCCCAACGACCCAUGCAGGUACACCAUGGUGGCCCAGGAGCUGGUGGUGCGGUCACGAGGGGUGCUGAAGGAGCGGGGCUGGCGGCUGGCCAACGACAAACUGGGCUCUGGUGAUGACAUCUCUGUUUUUGUAAUCCCCCUGGGUGGUCCUGGCAACUACACGUGAUGCUGAAUGAGCCUGGGGCAGCAGGGCUCACCUUGCCUGGAUGGAGAUGAUUGUUGAUGCUGCCUCAGGGCCACUCCUCCUCUAAGCACUUGUUUUUUGAGACAGCUGAAAGAAGAGUAAGAAACCUGGAGCCUCAGUUUGUGCUCCUGUCCAGAGCAUCCCCCUCCACCUGCUUGCAUCUCACUCCCAGGUGGACACAGAGAGGCCUUGGAUAGAGAGUGAAUGCUGGGGUUGAGGGGUGUUUUUAUGCUGCUACUUUCUCAAUGCUGUGAAAAGCUUGAAGGCUCCUUGGUUCCUCGGCAUGUCCUUUGCCUCUUGCCAUGGCUGUGCUGACUCUGUGACAGCCUGGGAGCUGCUGGGGCACUCACACCUGCUGCAGUCACCCCCUGUCUCCUGCCCUGUGAUACUUUGGCCAGUGUCACUGAAGCUGCUGCUGGAGCUGGGGCUCAGAUGGGAUUAAAUUAAUGGGAGCAAAGUCCCAUGGGUAGCUGGGCAAUACUCAGUCUGGCACAAGUUCAUUUGUGACCCCACAUAGCCAUCCCAGCCUUGUGAUCCCAAUUUUCAGCCCCUCACACCUUGAUUCUGUCAUGGACCUUGUCUCAGUCUCCAGUCUGGGAGACUGGAGCAGUGACCAAGCUCUGCCAUGCACCCAGAGCCCUGAGGAGGGAUAAGCCAUUGCACUGGCUGUGCCACAGGUUCCACCCCCAUCCUCUCAGGCCUUGGAUCACUGCAGUACUUCUGGAGCCAAUUAUUUAUUAACUGGAGAGCUGAGCUGGAAAGUUUCUAAAUCCUUUCUUGGUGUGGGGAGUCUAUGAAUGUAUGUCUAUAUUUUGGAGUGGUUCUGAGUUAGCAGCCUCACACAGAGCAGCCCUAUUCAGGUGAGCUUAACGGCUUAACUGCACUGGAUCUGCUUAGCCCAGAGCUCGGAACCCACAGUAAAAGCAGCUUGGUGUGACCAGGGCAGGGAAAGACAGCUCCCGUGUUUUCCUUAAUGAUCUCAAAAGUGGUGCAGAGGGGAACUGGAGCAGUUGAUCUCUGCACAGGAUUUUUGCAUCACACACGUCUCUGACCUGCAGCAUCCACUUCCACUCUGCAGUGUUGCAUCCUCCUAAAGUGCGAGGGAUUGUCUCAUUCUGGCAGUGUGGGGAUGGGAAGAGCUGGGCCACGGUCCCUUGCUUGGGAAAGGUUCCAUGGCACCAGUAGUUUGUGUCCUGUCACUGGGUGCAGCCAGCUCUUGUCAAGUGUCACCUCUGGUGAAUGUUGUUUGUCUCCUGUAACCAGUGAGAUGUAAAUAAACUGGGUGCACAUAAUGGAAGGAGAAGGUUAUGCACGAGAUUUGAACCUGUUGGCAUCCACGCUGAAGGGAGCAGGAAGUGGUGCUGGGGCCGGGAGCCUGUCCUUGUGUUACUGUGUGUUUAAAUAAAGAUUCUGCCACUCACA